AUGCAGACCCUACGAGUCUCCCUCGCUCCCUCCCCGGGGUUCUGCAUCAAAUCUGUCUCGCUACAGGACGCCGUGUGCAAAAUCACUCCUCCCCCUCCGCCCGCGUCUUCCAAACUAGAGGGUCCCUCUGUUAUUCAUGCCGUCCCCAUCCCAAAAGGAGCCAAGAUCUUUGUGAACAUUGCCUGGGACCGCAAUGUCCCUCCUCCGCCGGAGGGAUCAGAAGACGUAAUUCAGAGAGCGAUGCUGGGGGAAGACCCAAGCGACGGCAAUGACCAGGACUGGUUUGUCCCUGUGGUUGUCUCCGAGCCACGGGAAGAUCGAGACAAAGCCGGCAAACCGUCUGUCGUGUUUGACUGCGUGUAUAAUUCCACAUUGAAGUCGCGCGCAUUAAAAGAUCCCGAGUUCAAAACGUUCCUCAUCGAGCUAGCGUUCCAGCGGAUCGAAGCCCAGCAUGGUGUACUGCUUUCGCGGCAAAUUGGGACUCCCAAUAUCAGAUCCAAAGGCGAGCUGCUUUCCCGAACCGUGUUGAUCCCUGCUGCGCUCUUUCCGGAGAACAGUCCAGCCCGCAAGACUUCCGACUCCAAGGCUGAAAGUGUAGCGCGCAAACUCAUCGAAGAGGUUGAUCCGCGGCCGACUCCCCCGCAGAAAUCAACCAAGGACAAGCCUGAUGGGCAAGACGAAUACCCCACUGCGGCUACUCCGGGCCCAACAUCCCUACCCAGUCCUGACUUUUUGUGGUCGAGAGGAAUUGAAGGAGUGCAUAUAUAUGUCCUAGUUCCCAAGCUUACACAUUCGCGCGUUCAAUCCGCAACGCUGGACAUUGAGCCUCGGCGAAUCAUUUUUCACGUACCCGACCUCUACGCGCUCGACCUGAACCUCGACAUGUCCGACGCUGAAAUCGGACAAAACGCACAGCUCUCGGAAAAGACUGUGGACCAGGCACUUACUCUGAAAAGACAGCGAGAAUUUGAUGUGGAUCGUGCCCGCGCGCAAUGGAACGUAGCAGAAGGACAGCUUAUCAUACAUGAUGCAUAG